AACUAAACCUGAUUCUGGGUGUUUCUUGUAGCUUUUGUCUUGAUGUCUUUGGAUUAGUUUUGAAGAUCUCACAUCAUUAGCAAUGUGUUAUGUGCACAUUCUUCACGAAUGUUCAGGCUCAUUACAGUUUCAAUAUAGUUGCCUGUAUUUCUCUGGUCACCGCCCUGAUGUGCUUUGACAAUGGUUGUAAAACUGGCUAGGUUUACUCUGUGACUUAUUAUAAUAGAUCAAGUUUUCCUGUCAUCUCUAAACACAUGGGUGGAGAGCCAUCCUGGCACCUGUCUUUUCCUGAAACAACGAUUACAUGACUAACAUUGAUCGGUGACACCAAAACGACGUGGCUGGUGGAGCAACUGUCAUGGCGCAUUGGUAUCUUUUGCGCCCUGUCAGGAUAGGCACAUUGUUGCAUUCUAUGAGCUUAUCAUCUCCCUUUCUCUGUAAGGAGGUGUGUCGCUGUUGUCUAUUUAAAAUAGUGGAAUUUAACAGGAGUCUCAGCAUGUCUGCAGAACUGGAAAAGCAGGUUGGAGUUCAAAGGUGAUCUCUGGCAGCGCUAACGUGUUCAGUUAGUACAGUUAAUGUUUGUACUAGUCCCAGCAAACGUGUGGAUACAGUGAGGGCUGUUGAGAAUUUGACAGGCCACAGUUUUGAGAAUCACUCCUUCAGUGUGUCGUACAUACUGGACGAAGAGGCAGGAAGGGACGGGGGUGUAAGACCCCAGGUCCCGCGAGGGGCAUCUAAAAUGGGGACAGGAAGUCGGGAGCAGGAGUUUGGUCAGCCAGGGGCCAUGGGAGGCUCCCAGGGGCCUAGGUAUCGUCAGCAAGAGCUGCCUCUACGAAUCCUAGUGCCCACUCAGUUUGUGGGAGCCAUCAUUGGAAAAGAGGGACUCACUAUAAAGAACAUCACAAAGCAGACACAGUCCAAGGUAGAUAUCCAUCGUAAGGAGAAUGCAGGAGCCACUGAGAAGUCCAUCACUAUCCACUCAUCUAACGAGGGCUGUUCACAAGCCUGCAGGAUGAUCCUGGAAAUAAUGGAAAAAGAGGCCAAUGACACCAAGAUUGUGGAAGAGGUUCCUCUGAAGAUCUUGGCCCACAAUAACCUUGUUGGGAGACUCAUAGGGAAGGAGGGCAGGAACCUGAAGAAGAUAGAGCAAGAUACUGGGACCAAGAUCACUAUUUCAUCAUUACAAGACCUAACUAUAUAUAACCAUGAACGUACCAUCACGGUGAGGGGAGGGGUGGAGGAGUGCUGUAAUGCAGAAGUGGAGAUCAUGAAGAAACUUAGAGAAGCCCAUGAGAAUGAUGUGGCUUCACUUAAUCAGCAGACUAACAUGAUGCCAGGUCUAAACCUGAACGCAUUGGGGAUCUUCUCCUCUGGCAUGUCUGCUCUCCCUCCAGCCCCUGGUCUGCGUGGAUCUCUGUCCGGCCCAGCCAACUACAGCCCCCUGCUGGGCCCUCCAUCAGUAUUGGGUGGUCUGUAUGGGGUUCCCCACUCUGGAGCAUUAUCUCUUCAGCAGGCAACUGCUGAACAGGAAGUGGUCUACCUCUUUAUCCCCACUCCAGCAGUAGGAGCUCUCAUCGGGAAGAAAGGGCAACACAUUAAAGAGCUGGCACACUACGCUGGAGCUUCAAUAAAAAUUGCUGCACCGGACAAUCCUGAUGAUCCUGAGAGGAUGGUCAUUAUCACUGGACCACCAGAGGCUCAGUACAAGGCACAGGGGAGGAUAUAUGGGAAGUUGAAAGAGGAGAAUUUUUUCACUGCUAAGGAAGAAGUGAAGUUGGGGGCACAUAUAAAAGUGCCUUCGUCUGCCGCCGGACGAGUCAUCGGGAAGGGUGGCAAAACGGUCAAUGAGUUGCAGAAUCUCACCAGUGCUGAGGUCAUUGUACCACGAGACCAGACACCAGAUGAGAAUGAUGAAGUGUUUGUUAAAAUAAUUGGACAUUUCUUUGCCAGUCAGGCUGCCCAGCGCAAGAUAAGGGAGAUCGUUCAACAGGUCAAACAGCAAGAGCGGAAACACCAGCAAACAGUGCCAACACCUUCACAACCAUCAAAAUGAUCAGCAGACGCCAGCAAGCAGCAGCUAAUGAAUGUAGCUAAUGCGAGGACAAAUCGAAAAAAUCAAGAAACAGACAAAGGGAGAGAGAGACAGAGCAGGAACCAGAGAGAGACAGAAGCUGAUGAAGAGGACCAGCAGUUUAAAACAACCAAAUAACUCAAAGCACAAAAACGUUUGGUCACGCUGAUAUGAAUGAGGAUGUUCGAGAACAUUUUUCAGGUCCGAGAUCUUUUUAUGACCACGGGCCUGAUAUUUCAUAUUGAGCUCUUUUUGUUACUGAUUAAGCUGAUGUGAGGAUUUGUGCACUGUGAAGUAGACUGCUGGAGGAGGUGAAUGCACACUGCAGGUAGAUUUGAUAGGACUUGCAGAGUCUAGUUGUGCAUUAGAUCUACUAAUUUAUUAGGAGAUAUAAUAAAUUGCACAGUAAUAUGUUAAUAAGAUUCUAAAAACAGUUCUAUAUUAGUUUAUUCAGCAGAAUAUUCUUUGGAAACUCAUUUUAGGCUAUUUAAUGUGAGUAUUUAGAUUUGUUUUUGAAUUUUCUAGAAACAAAAUUAGUAUAGCAUGGUAGCUAAAAUAAAAAAAAAAAGCAUUAAAUGAUGUUACAAAGGAACGUACAUGUAAACGAGUGCUUGCUGUGUGCCAGCAUUUCACUUCCAGUUCCUCUUUUUCCAUUGCUGAGUCUGAGCAUUUCUCCUCUGCUUGCUGCCCUGUCCUCUUUUCUCUUUUUAAAAAUGAUAUUGCUUUCUCUUAAAGGUUUCCAUGUUCCCGACUUAUUCCUCACACAGAAUAAGAGCUGUCUGUGUGCCAACUGUAAAAAAAAUAAAUAAAAAGAGGUAGACCUAAGUAGAAGUAGAUCUAAUGUUGAUAUCCUGUACUCCCCAUGUAUUACACCUUACACUACUGUUCUAAAGUUUGUGAUUU